UCCCUCCAGCGCGAAACGCUCUCUUGCUCGCCUUCAUUCCUCCCAACAGCUUUAGCUGCAUACGCUACUCAUCCCACACGACUUUCUUCUCCUCCACUGCAGACAAUGUCUCGGCGGGAGACCGAUCGGUACGACGACCGUCAAACCGAUUACUACCGCCGAGGUGGCCGAACGGAGCGGGAAGACGUCGACUACCGCGCGACUCGCUACGAAUACGAAGGCCAAGGCCCAUCUCGCCGCAACGAAACGGUGGUGAAGGAGAGGGAAAGCGAUACGGUCAUCUCGCAGGGCAGACGAGGGCCGCGACAACCCGAUUUCUUGAGAGAGGACUACGGUCGGAAUGACAACGCUGGGCAAUUGGUGAUCAGAGAGGAGACCCGGGACGAGGACGAGUAUGUUGGCAGAAGAGGAGGCGGGCGUUCUCGCGCCAAUACGCAGAAUGAGCGGGUGGAGAGAGAGGAGGUGAUUCAUCGUGAGCGUUCACGCGGUCCGCCUGGCCCCAAGCAUGAGAGGGACGAAUUGGUGUUCCGAGAUCGCCCCCGCCCUCGUCGAGACGAAGAAAUUGACAUCCGAAUCAAAGAGAAGGAGGUAGACCGCGGCCCACCGAGGCAUCGCAACGAUGAAGAGGUCGUAUUCCAGGAGGAUCGCACUCGCUCACGUCACCUCGCGCCGCGCAGAGAAGUGGUCGACAAGGAGGAAAUCACCAUUCGCGAGCGAUCCAGAUCUCGCAUCCCUCCACCCCCUCGCGCCGAAUUUGCCGAGGAAGAAGACAUUCACAUUCGCGAGCGCUCCCGGGCUCCUCCUCCUCGUCGAGGCAAUACCGAAGAGAAGAUCAACAUCGACAUCAAGGAGACGGAGCGCAGUCGUGGAGAAGUCACCAAAGAGAAGAUUGACAUUGACAUUCGCGAGACUGAGCGCAGUGACCGUCCACCUCCGUUGCGACACCGCUCUUCUAGUCGCGGGGCGCUGGUUCGUAAGGAUCGAGAAGAGUGGAUUGUGCGCAAACAUCGCACUCCUUCGCCUUCUCCGUCUCCACCACCCCGCGACUACGAAAAGGAAGAGAUCGUCAUCAGGCGCAGGGAGCGUAGUCUGUCCCCCGAACCCCUUCCUUCUCCGCCACCGCCGCCAGAACCUGCCAUCUUCCGCCCGCCAAUCAUCCAAGAAGUCAUCACGCACCACCGCACCAUUGAUCAUGGCGUGGAGCGAAUCCCCGACCCCUUGCCACCCCCUCCUCCAGCCCCAGUGCAAGAGGACGAAGACAUUGACAUUUCGAUCCGACGGAAAGGCGUCAGAAACGGGAGACCCUUUGACGAGAACAUCAACAUCGACAUCGAUAGCAAGGAGCGCGAAAGGGCCGUUUCCAACCGCGAAGUCGUCAGCAGCACUACCACGGACUUGCGUCGUUCUGCCAGUACUAGCGGUCGCGGUAGGCGGUAUGAAUCCGAGACCAUCUCAGCAGAAGCCGAUUAUUACAACAAUCGAAUUACUUCUCGUGGGUAUCCUGGCGAAGCGUACAAUGGCGCGACGCGCGACUGGGGGCUGGCGGAUAUCCCACCUGGCACAGAGAGAGUGGCAAUGGAUGGCAUCGGCGGUGCAAGACAAGAACUCACGUGGGGGAGAUACAAUGGCGACAGACAAGGUCAAUUCAUCGCCGGCGGUCGCGUGUACGAAGGUGGGUACGGAGGUGGCGGAGGCGCCCGAGACGAUUUCAGGGAAACGAGAGUCACCGAGACUCGCAUCGAGAAAGAGACGAGCCGCGGCAGCAAUCGCGAUCGCAAGUGGACGGAGAUCAGCAAGGACCUGGUGAUUGAGGAGGCGAUUAAGGAGCGCGGAUACGAGUACCAGGAGUCCGAGGGAUACUUUUACGUCAUGGAGUAUCUGCAAUACGACGAUGUUGUGCGCCUCGUGGAAAUUACAGAAGACAUCCGCCGCGAACGCCACGAGCGUAUUCGCGAACUUCAAUACCAGUCGGACCGAGCUUUCCCUCCCCCCUUGCCGCCUGUUGCUCCUCCCCCGCCGCGGGGCAGUGGAGGAGGAGGCUACUCUUUCUACGAACGGGAUACGUUUAUCGAGAGGGAUGGCGGCAGGCGGUAUCGGAGAUGAGGUGAAGGUGGAGAUGGAAAAAGUGUGUGGAGCAGCAUUCGACGAAUGACGAUUAUCAUUAUCACUACGAUUGCAACG